GAUUUUAUGUGAUUGAUUCAGAGUAGAUUCAAUUUUUUGACAUACACAUAAUUCGACACAUUCGAAACUCUUUAUAGAUACAGGCACACAAAUCUCGACCCCAGCUAGCUUUUGCGUUGGCAACGCUCAGCCGGCAAAUGGCCAAUAAAUUCUAUUAUUUUGGCUUUGGCAGCAACAUGCUGGCCCGGCGCAUCCACAUACAGAAUCCGACGGCGCGGCGCAUCGGAGCGGGCAAACUGGAGAACUAUCGGCUGGACUUUCAUGGCGUCGGUUCCAACAGCUGGCUUGGAGCGCCCGCAACGAUUGUGCCCACGACCGGCGCUCAGGUAUUUGGCGCAAUUUGGGAGAUUGAUAUGUGCAAUCUGAAGGAUUUGGAUGACCAGGAGGGUGUUUCUGCUGGCAUCUAUAUACCCAUCAGUGUGCCCGUUCACUCGCUGACCGCCAAAGAGGAAGUCAUCUGUCGCGCCUACCAUCUCAGCAAUCAGCCGGAGACAAUAGUGCACGGACAGACUGCCGUUGAUGUACCCCACAAUCGCCAACCCUCUCACACAUAUCUCAAGGUGCUGGUCAAGGGUGCCGAGGAGACGGGCAUACCCGCUGACUAUGUCAAGUGGCUGCGCGCGCUGCAGCACAAUGGGAACAAUGUGGAGGCUAUGGAAUUAAAAUUGGAGCUAUCCAAAGUAGAGCUCAGCUAAUAUUGACCAUUUCGUCAGCUAACAGUGUAUGUUGCCUUAUAAUGAGAUAGUGUGUUCACAUUGUAUAUAAAUUUAAAGAGUAAAAUAAAUGAGUGCGUAAUUGA